GAAGUCACUGAUUACGACGGUUUCGAAAUGCCGUACGGCCUGGUGUACUCCAGUUUCAAUACAUCAAUAGUUCCGGAGAUUCAAAAGGAACGAGGAUGGAUCUUCGUUGGAGUAAAGAGAAAAGGCGGAGACCUGCCUCAAACUGGUCUGAGACGACUGCUGACGUCAGCGGUCCGUGCGACAGCGCCCCCUGCCGACUCUGCAGGGUUUGUGCUGCAGUCUGCAGUAGUCUCCUGUCUGCUGCGGGAAAUGGACAACCACACCUGGGACAGCCGCAGCUGCAAGGUUGGGGUUCAAACGAACGAAGACACCACGUGGUGCACGUGCGACAUGACACGGCAUGGGAGAAGUUCCAGAGUGACUCUGGCAACAUCAUUUCUGGCUGUUCCAAAUUUCGUGGACUUCGACAAGUUUGGUAGCAACAUCGACAAGUUGUCCACAAAUUAUACCGUGUUUGGGACGAUCUUAGCCCUGUGGAUGGUAUUUCUGGUGUCCCAACUAUUGACAUUGCAGAUAAACAUCAGGAGCCACGCCGCUAUGGCUACCGCAGUGGCCGACAGCUUCGCCCUUGGACAAGCAGCGAGGCUCGCCACAGCAAGCCCCAGACUGGCGACGGUCGUUCCCAAAGUCUCCACCAUCCCGUCGGAAGUUCCCGGUGCGGACUACGUGUACGUGGUGUGUGUCCGUACGGGAACACAGCCUGAUGCCGGAACGGCGUCUGUGGUCGGGCUCAUGGUCACAGGGUCUGCGGGCAGGACACCCAUGGCCACUCUCAACCCUCAUGGCUUGGUCCUGGCCAGAGGUGGUGACACGUACCACAUCAUGUCGACUCCCUCCUCCAUCGGCCAGCUCCAGUCUGUACAGGUCUGGCACGACGGCUCCGGGGAGGGCAACAUGGAGUCACUCUUCAUAGACAACAUCAAGGUCUGGGACACACAGACAUCACAGGGGUUCUAUUUCCCGUGUAACGCCUGGCUCUCCUCCAGCAAAGGAGACGGAAGGACCAUCAGGACCAUGAGGGCAGCCCCUUGUGGGGAAAUGGGGAUGUCAGAGUACAACCUACCGACGUUUUCCUACCUUUUGUACGACGACCACCUGCUCCUGUCGGCUGUGUGUAACUCCGGUGUGAGACACUUCAGCCGGGCACAGCGGAUGGUCUGCUGUUUGACGCAGAUCACCCUGUGGAUGGUGGGCAGUGCCAUGUGGUACGGCUUCAAACUUGGCGCCGGCGAUGUCGUUUUGCUAGACGCUGGCUUCGUCACUUUUCGCCUUUCGGAACUGGCUGGUGUUGCAGGGACAUCGUUCAUGGUGUUCCUGCCAGUGUACGCCAUCCUUGUGCCCAUGUUUCGCAAGCAGCGUCCGUUGGUAGAUCAGAUCCCUUCGGGUCUGUACGAAACGCCGACAUCUCCAUCCACCUGGCGAUUUCCGUUUAAGACGGUAGCGUGGAUUCUCGCCGUCCUGACGUCUGUCGGCAGCAGCCUGUUCGUGAUCGUGUACAGUCUGCAGUUUGGAGCAGAGAGAAGCCAGGCCUGGCUGAAGGACUUUGUCCUGGCCUUCAUGUUCUCUACAUUCGCAGUGGAGCCCAUUCAGUAUUUCAUAACGCUAACGUCAUUGGUGUUUUCUGGUUAAGUCCCUGCACGGAGGGUUUUGCCGCCAGCCCCGAAGAAAACCGACCAUGACCCGAACUGGACCGAGAGGAUGACUCAGGGUAGAAACAUCCUGGUCCUCCUGGUGUUUCUGUUGAUCUUCACCGGCAAUGCCUUCUACAUCGGGGUUCUGGGCUUCGACAGACACGCCUACUACGUCAGGACUUCACUGGAGAACAGCCUGCUGUCUGGACAUGACAAGGUGACCACAGCAGACAGUGCCUGGGAGUGGCUGUCGUCUGACCUGAUGCCGUCCCUCCACCCGGAGCGCGGGUACAGCGGGAAGACCCUCAGGUGGCUGGACAAACAGUUUCCGGUUGGAACCAACGCGUUCCGGAUCGGACCGGUUCGCCUGGAGCGAACUACCGAGUAUAAAGAGAACCCAAUAGACAUAGAUCUCGAGCACAGGGGUCAAAAGCUCUAUCCUGAGCUGCAGAUGUUUCUACAAAAUGAAGCUGUUGGCCGACAGAACGGACGGAACUGUUCUCACAAUGGGACUACAAGUAUUGCCAAUGAAGUCAGAAACGGGACUUCGGCGUGCUUCUCCACAAUAGACCUGCCCCAGGACGCUGACCAGGCUGCUACCGUGAUAGACUUCUUAAAACAGACCAACUGGAUCCUGAUGGUUUCAGACACCCUCAACAUCCGGAUCAACUUCUACCACCCAGACGCCAAGCUGUUCAGCACCGUGGCCAUCACCCUGCAGUACCUCCCAGGCGGCGCUGCUGAGAUGCAGCCCACGAUCCACACCUUCCGGCUGUUCCAGUACGAAACAGCACACGACUUCGUCCAGAUGAUUUUUCACAUCGUCUUCGUUCUUGUCUACAUCUACAACUUGUUUACCGAGAUUUUGAACGUGCAGAAGAGCGGUCGUCUGUACUUCUGCAGUUUCUGGAACAUCCUGAUGCUGUGCAACAUCGGCAUGUCCACAGCCGUCAUUGUGACAUUCGCGCUUCGGUAUAUCCAGACUGCUGCUGCUUUGAGCGACAUACAGCAGGCAAAAGGACUUCUCGGCAUCCAUGAGUUUGUGGACAUCAGCGCCGCCAGCCAAUGGGACGCGACCUUCAAGGCUGUCCUGUCCUUCUCCAUCUUCCUCAGUACCGUCAGCAUCCUGCGGGUUCUCAACUUCUCCAGAGGCGUGGCGACGGUCUACGCACUGCCUCGGCUAAUAUACGGGGAAGCCUUUGGGUUCUCCUUGUACAUGCUGGUUGUUAUAGUGGCCUACAGCUUCAGCGGGGUCCUUAUAUUCGGCAAGAACAUGGAGAGCUUCUCCGGCUUCAAGAAAACGUCGUACGUGUUGUUUGAGAUGGGGCUGGGGAGGCCGUUCGUAGGCGUCUUUGCGGACAUGAAGGCAGUGGAUCGUGUCAUGGGACCUCUGUACUACUCUACAUUCGUCAUCAUCUUCAUCUUUUAUCUGAUGAACCUGGGAGUGGGGAUGCUGUGUAAUUGGCUGAGUUACUGUCAGACGUCUGACGACAUUGAUGUGGACACGGCCAUGGGAGAUUACUUCUGGAACUCCUUCAGGAGUCUUCUGGGCAUGCGCCACGAGUCCCAAGACGCAGACGAUGAAGCACCACUUCCGGACCACUUUGUGAAUGAGACCCUCCAGCGGACGGAUACGGUACUGCAGGAAGUUGACCUGCUGACUAAUGUAAUGUACCGAUUUGAGUGCAAAAAGCGAGGUUCCAAAUCAACAACGGAUUCAUAUGCUUAA